UUGGAAACUGAUUUUCUCAUGACGUCUUUAUCCCCGAGCCUUUUCUCCUUGCUCGCUAGAAUCUUUCUGAACAUUCUGCAUCCUGUUCUCUGUCAGAAUUUCCGUUCAUCACUAACGCCUCAGUAUUAUGAAAUUUGAUACUCCUCCCCAAUCCUGGCCUCGGCCGAGAGGGGCGACUUCGUUGAGAUGGCCUAUUCUUCUCGGCUCUCUCGUCGUCGUUUACAUCUACUACUGGAGCCACAACAGAUUCUCUUCUUUCAACCUCCAGCAAACGCUGCUUUCUGUUCCCUCCACCAAGCAUGUACGCGACUGGAGCGCCUACUAUACCACAGGUGCUCAUUUUUGCGGCCAGGGCUUGAGCCAGGCGCAGUGGACCGAAGCUAGAUGGAAGGAAUUCGGUAUCACCAAUACUCGAAUCCUUUCCUACGAUACUCAGGUGCCAGCGCCAACGGGCCAUCAACGACUGGCUCUCCUUCGGGGCGACCACGUCGUUUAUGAAGCGCCCUUGGUGGAUCAUUUUACCACAAAUGGUCCUGCUGCAAACAAUAGUUUCUUGCCUGCCUAUCUAGGUUUCUCAACCAAUGGUAACAUAUCUGGUUCUUAUGUCUUUUGCAACUUUGCCAGUGAUGAAGACUUCCAAGAUCUUGAACGAGCCAAUGUUGACGUCGCAGGAAAGAUUGGCAUCAUCAAGCUGGCAAACGGAUCGCCAUAUUUGCGCGCUAAACACCUAGAGGUCUUUCGAGGAGCUCAGGUAGCGAAUGCAGAAAGGGCGGGUUUGAUUGGCGUAGUUUUUUAUACUGAUCCUCAGAAUGACGGUCCUAUAACUGAAGCUAACGGAUACAAACCGUUCCCGGCCGGGCCAGCACGACCACUUGCGGCAAUCGAGAGAGGGUCAGUCGCUUCAGCCGGUACCAUUCAUCGCCCCAACUCCCCUAAAAUUCCCUGCAUACCCAUGUCUCCUGCCGAUGCCAUUCACAUCCUGGGGGCUUUAAACGGUCAUGGACCUGCGGCAGAGGAGCUCGGUCAACGCUGGCAUGGUGGUGGUCUCGAGUUUCACAACGUACGCUACAAUGUCGGACCUUCGCCUGCCGGCAUAUCCCUUCACCUGGUCAACGAAGCAGACAUUGUCGACACUCAGCUUCACAACGUAAUUGGCACAAUCCCUGGGGUAAUUUCCGAUGAAGUUGUCAUUCUUGGCAGUCAUCGUGACUCUUGGGGCCAUGGCGCUGGAGACCCCGGCAGUGGUUCCGCAACCCUGAACGAAGUUGUGCGCAGCUUUGGUGUAGCACUUCAGCAUGGCUGGCGGCCACUUCGUACCAUCGUCUUCGCGAGUUUCGAAGGCGAGGAGAUUGGCCAGGUGGGCUCCCAAAGUUGGAUCGCCAAUCACCUAAAAUGGUUGAGAGCCUCUGCUGUCGCAUAUCUGAACGUUGUUGUGGCCGGGGCUGGGUCAAGGUUCCAGGCCAAGGCCAGUCCACUUCUCUACAGGGCGGUUCUUGCUGCCACAGAUAUUGUCACGUCGCCCAAUGAGACUGUGGCUGGUCAGUCGGUGCGAGACGUCUGGGGAGGGGCCAUUGGCGCUCCGGGCGGUGGCGAUGCCAUUUCUUUCCAGGGCACAUGUAUUUCGGCGGUUGAUUUCAGCUUCUCGCAGGGCAUGGGGGACGCCGCCUUCCCCUAUCAUACUGGCUUCGAUACCUUUGAAUGGAUGGACCAAAUCGGUGAUCCCGAGUGGAAUUAUCAUGUUACUAGUGCAAGGAUAUGGUCAAUCAUGGCUGCAUAUCUUACAGAGUCUGCCGUACUAAACAUGAGUGUCACUGACUAUGCGUCGGCAUUACAGAAGUGGGUGGAUGAGCUUUGCAGCAGCAACCAAUGCUCCUCCAAAGUUGAUCUGAUGGUGAUGAUCAGCGCAAUCCAGCGACUAACUCGAGCUGCAAAGAGAUUUGACAGCUAUGCUGAAUCACUGAGGGAGUCUCAGAACGCCUGGUGGAGAUUCUGGCCAGGAGACAAGUUGAAUACAGCAAUUCGUGGCGCUAAUAAGGUAUAUAUUGCGUUCGAGCGCCAGUUCUUCUAUGGACAAGGCAUGGAUACCUUCCCAAGCUUUCACCAUGUUCUAUAUUCUCCAUCUGCCUGGCAUAACGAGAUACCACCUCUGGCAGUACUACGUAACCCUCUGAUCAAAAAGGAUUGGGAGGGUGCCAGGAAAUGGAGAGAUGAUUUGGUAGAAUAUAUUGAUGGUGCCGUUCAACUGCUGGAGGAUCAUCUUCAAGGGGUUGGCAAACAAGAACUUGCCUGGGGUCUAUAAGAAGAGGGUUUGUGAAAUGUAAACCAAGGGCUGUCGAGAAGACUUGGCAAGCCAGGAGCAAAAGUCGUGGAAGAAGCGGUGACAAGUAAUGGGUCAGGAUUAAAAGAUUGAGGGUUCAAACGAGCCACUGAUACAUGCAUAUCAAUACCCAGAUUGGAUAAACGCUGAGACGGCCCAAGUUCGUUUGAUCAAGUAACGAGAUGUAGGCCCAAAUACAGGCAACAGCAGCGUUUGCUAGAUUGAGGAUCGAAUUACUGGCAAGCCAUGGGAGGUCUGUCUUUGAUUUAUUAAUUGAACCCAUUAUUUUAUGUGCUAUUGCAGUGACAGUAACUAUGGUGAGCUAUUUUCUCUACAUCGUUAUUGGUUAGGAGCUCCUAAGGAAUACUCUCAAAUUCUGGCUUUAUAUACGUAAUACCUGAUCGAAC